AUGGCUUCAAAUACCGGAUCAGCAACCGCCUCUGCGACAUCGACCGCGACCUGCGUUACUGUCUCUCCGGGGAAAAAUGGAUACCUCCCCCCAGAGUCGUGCGAUGUGAUUCUCUACUAUGUCCCGUCUUUUGGAGCUGCCAUCCUCUUCUGUGUUCUAUUUGGCCUGGUAUCCUUGCUACAUACGGUUCAAGCCAUUGUAUACAAGAAGCGAUAUGCCUGGGUACUCAUCAUGGGUGCAGUCUGGGAGCUCCUAGCCUUUAUCUUCCGAGCUCUUCAAACACGUCAUCAGGAUAGUGAGAUAUACAGUACUCUCCACGUCAUCUUUUUCCUUUUGGCACCCAUUUGGAUCAAUACCUUUAUCUAUAUGACUCUAGGGCGGAUGAUAUAUUUCUUUGUCCCGGAACGUAAAUUGGCCAGCAUCUCUGCGCGUCACUACGGUAUGGUGUUCGUUGUGCUGGACAUCGUCGCCUUCUUGGUUCAGCUCGGGGGCGCCUCGCUGACAACCAACACGGACGCGGAAACCAAGACAGUCAUGCUGGGCUUGCACAUCUACAUGGGCGGCAUUGGAAUGCAAGAAUUUUUUAUCCUCUGGUUUUUGGGCCUCGCAAUCUAUCUUCACUGGAAAAUGGUUCAAAUGGAGGCCGGCGGGCAAAUUGGCAUGGAGAAACUUCAGACCGGAAGAUUCUCCUGGCGAUGGCUGUUCUACUCGAUCUAUUUCGUCUUGGGCAUGAUCACUGUCCGUAUCAUCUUUCGUCUGGCCCAGUAUGCGCAAGGGACAUCUGCCAGUAACCCGGUCCUCACUCAUGAAGAGUAUGAAUACGUUUUCGAUGCAGCACCCAUGUUCCUGGGAAUAAUCGCCCUAAACGUGUUCCAUCCGGGUCAUAUUCUUCGGGGUCCUGAUUCGACCUUCCCUAGACUGACCCGGGCCGAGAAGAAGGAGGCAAAAGCACAGAAGAAAGCUAUCAAGAUGGAAAAGAAACAAAGACGGAAGGGAUCGCAGGGAGAGUUGGUCCCCGAGUCGUCUAUGGAAGAGCGACUCGACAGCUCAGCGCGAUUCUACCAGGUUUGA